AUAACAUGAUGCUUUUAAUCCUCACGAAUUCACUUAAUCAAAACCGGCUGAAAAACAGAUGUAACAUUUAAUUUAACAUAAUCACAUCAAUCUAAAGUAUUAAACUUUCACUCACUUUUACAAUUGCCCAUACCAUGAUCAUAUAUCAAUCAGUAGCUAAAUCAAUAGAUGGAUCGGGCUCCGGUGACCACAGGACCUAUGGAUAUGCCGAUUAUGCACGACAGUGAUCGAUAUGACUUCGUUAAGGAUAUUGGUUCUGGUAAUUUCGGUGUUGCUCGUCUUAUGAGAGAUAAACUCACUAAAGAGCUUGUUGCUGUCAAGUACAUCGAGAGAGGAGACAAGAUUGAUGAGAAUGUUCAAAGGGAAAUCAUUAAUCACAGGUCAUUAAGGCAUCCUAAUAUUGUCAGAUUUAAAGAGGUCAUUUUGACACCGACUCAUCUGGCUAUCAUAAUGGAAUAUGCUUCUGGCGGUGAACUUUACGAGCGGAUUUGCAAUGCAGGACGGUUUAGUGAAGAUGAGGCUCGGUUCUUCUUUCAGCAGCUUAUAUCUGGAGUCAGUUAUUGUCAUGCAAUGCAAAUUUGCCAUCGCGACCUAAAGCUCGAGAAUACAUUGUUGGAUGGGAGUCCUGCUCCUCGAUUAAAAAUUUGUGAUUUUGGAUAUUCAAAGUCUUCUGUUCUUCAUUCACAACCAAAGUCAACUGUCGGUACUCCUGCAUACAUUGCUCCAGAGGUUCUGCUUCGUCAGGAAUAUGAUGGCAAGAUUGCAGAUGUAUGGUCAUGUGGUGUGACCUUAUACGUCAUGUUGGUUGGAGCUUAUCCGUUUGAAGAUCCCGAUGAGCCAAGAGACUAUCGGAAAACAAUACAGAGAAUCCUUAGCGUUAAAUACUCAAUCCCUGACGACAUACGGAUAUCACCUGAAUGCUGUCAUCUAAUUUCAAGAAUCUUCGUGGCUGAUCCCGCUACCAGAAUUAGCAUUCCAGAGAUCAAAACCCACAAUUGGUUCUUGAAGAAUCUCCCAGCUGAUCUACUGAGCGAGAGCAACACAGGAAGCCAGUUUCAGGAGCCUGAACAACCAAUGCAAAGCCUUGACACAAUCAUGCAAAUCAUCUCUGAAGCCACAAUUCCCGCUGUUCGAAACCGUUGCCUAGACGAUUUCAUGACAGACAAUCUUGAUCUUGACGAUGACAUGGAUGACUUUGAUUCUGAAUCUGAAAUCGACAUUGACAGUAGCGGAGAGAUAGUUUACGCUCUCUAAUAAAAAAGCUUUUUUAAUGACCAAAACACUUCUCUUAUCUGUUCUAAGACCAGUGUCCUGAUCCUCUGGUUUCAAUUUCU